AUGCUCUUCGGUCUGCUCCUCGCGGCCCUCCUGCCGGCUCUGGCGAAGUCCGCCUGCAGUUCCGGAUCGCCGCCCGCAUCCAAGGGCACGCGACACAAUGUUACCUUGUCGGGAGGUCGGACCUAUAUGUACUUUAUGCCGGAGAAGUAUGACCACUCGAAACCAAACCCAUUGAUCCUCUCCUUUCACGGCGCGAGCCGGACUGCAGAUUGGCAAGCCGACCUGGACCGGCUCACGGACCCGUACUUUAACAAGGACCAUGUCGUCGUCUAUCCCCAGGCUCUACAGUAUGGCUCAACCAGUAGCUACAUUUACUGGCAGGGCUCGCCCAAUGCAACGGCCAAUGACGUCGCCUACGUGGGCAAGGUGCUAGACGAGGUCGAGUCGGAGCUGUGCAUCGACACGUCCCGGGUCUACGCCACGGGCAAAUCGCAGGGCGGCGGCAUGGUCGGGGUCCUGGCGUGCGACACGGCAGCCUCGCAGCGCUUUGCCGCCUUUUCGCCCGUGUCGGGCGCCUUUUACACGACGGGCGCGGCCUCGUCCUUGACGUCGUGCGGCGACCCCAAGACGCUCGCCAUGACGUGCAAUCCGGGUCGGGACAAUAUCCCCCUGCUCGACUUCCACGGCGGCAACGACACGACCAUUUCCAUCCUGGGCGGCUUGCGCAAGGGCGGGUGCCUCCCCGACGUCCGGACCUGGGUCGCGAACUGGGCGCGGCGCGACGGUCUCUCGGCGUCGCCCUCGGCCACCGUGGCCAUCAACGGCUCCGCCGAGCUGUACCGGUACGGGUCCGGCGCCGACUCGGGGCUCGUCACCUUUGUCUAUGAUGGCGACCAUGUGAAUCACGACUGGCCGGCCACUUUUGCCAAUACCGAUAAUGAAGAUCACGGCAGUGGUCCCGCCACGUUUAAUGCGAGCACCAUGAUUAUGGAGUUUUUCAAGAAAUAUUCGCUACCCGAUGCCAAGGACGGAGAUGACGGAGAUGGCUGCAGCGAGCCAUCUUCUACUCUCGGCAACAGCAGCAGCAGCAGCACCGUCACGGCCAGCAGCUCGGGCAUAAAGACGGCAACCCUAUCCACGAUUACAAGCAUCACUUCAGCACAUGCAAACAGCACCAGCAGCACAUUUCCAACAAGCGCAACCAUCACUGCCAUCAUCAGCACCGGCCUCACAACCACAGAGGCAUCAACUGCUCUGCCAAGCAGUAGUAGUAGCACGGCAGGGCCUACUGCCUCGAGCGUGCCAGUUAGCGGCGCCAGUGUGGUUGGCCCAUUGAGCUUUUUCUGGAUGACCGCCGCGACCAUCAUGGCUUUUCUUUUGCACUGA